AUGGACUUUAACCUCCAGUCUUAUUUCAAUGAAUUCGACGUGGAUAGGGAAUAUUCCCUCGACUAUGAUGAUCUCCCUGCUAAGAUAGAAUCCAUAGUUGACGCGUUGGCUCACAAUCCCCAGUACAUCACCACAGACGCGGAUCGCUUUGAAGAGAUUGUUGAAAUCACGCAUGCUUACAAGGGGUUGGACUCCAAGCAGCAAAAGACAUGGUCGUAUCUCAUCACCUCCUCGUUGAAUAAUUUGGCGCAGAUCUACCUGGAGAUUCUUGCGGGAGAAGAUUACCAAGAAGAAGAGGAAUUGGCGGGCCAGUUCAAAACGGUUAUGGAAAGAUUUGGCUACUUGGGCUAUGUCCUUCUCAAGCAUUAUGGAAGCGAGGAUUUUCUGCCGAUAGGGGAGGCACGCUCGCAGAAAAGUGUGCCCCGGGAGCUUUUAGCAAAGUGGAAAACAAACUGCGCCAAUGUUGAAGCUGCCCUCACGGCAGCUAAAGUGAUCAUGACCCUCGACUUGGGGAAAAUGUUCAUCACUACGCCGGAGAGGGAUGCAUUUGUUGAAUUGUUCUCGAGACCAAUCGUCAAUAUGAUGGAGAGUCCAGAAAGGAUGAAGAUUCUUGGUAUAAGGCUCCUUAUGUUUGAAGUUUUGGCCUACGCAGUGACGAAGCACCACCACGGCACAAUCAUGCAGCACUCAUUGAUUCAAUACAUAACCUUCUACCCUCACUUGCCACCUUACAUUGCCGCGUUCCUCAAUACCUUGAGCUCAAAACACCAGCACACCCAUCUCACUGAGCUGGUUUUGCGCGAAAUCGCCCAGACCCGUUUCAACCCGAAUGACACCAAUGGCCCCAAGGCGUUGUCCGAGUUUUUGGUGAAGCUCUCAGAGUUAGAUCCUAUGCAAGUGUUAAAGCAAAUGACCAGCGUCAUCCAGUUGUUGGCAAAUACCAACUACCAGCUACGGUGCGCCGUGAUGGAGGCCUGUGGGAAUGUCGCCGUGGAGUUGUUGAAGCGCAUUGAUCGGUCGUUGACGAAUGAGGAUGACGACAUCCACAACACCGAAACUCAGGCGGCAAGGAUCUUGAACUUGUUGUCCGAGCGAGUUUUGGACCAAAGCAGUUUUGUGCGAGCAAAGGCUAUCCAGGCCUUGACCCGGGUCGCAGAGUUGAAGCUCAAAUUAAGUGAACGAAGAGGAAAGAUGAUCAUAGUGGCGGUCAAAUCAUUAAGCGACAAAAGCACGCUCGUGAGACGAAACGCGAUAAAAUUGCUUGGGAAGCUCGUAUUGAAUCACCCGUUUCAAGGAAAUCAUGGUACCCAUCUAGCUCGCAGAUAUUGGAGAGCUCAGCUUAAGGAAGCUGAAGAAGCGUUAUUGAGCUGCAUGCCGCAACCUUUGAUCGAUACGUCGCCGACUUUGGAUGCCGGUGGUGACGGCAAAAGUAGAAAGACUAGCGACGCCUCAAACGAAGCGUCAGACCUGGAAUCAGAAUCGGGUUCAAACUCGGACGUCUCUAUGCAAGAUGCAGAGGAAAACAACAACGAGGCGGAUGUGGCAACCACCACAAACGAGCACGAGCUGGACGAAUCUGCCCCAGGAAACUCAAACACCUCAGCUAAUUUGAAAGUGCUACCUGAUACCACACAAAUGGCUCGUGCCAAACUAAAAUUUGUGUUUUACAAAGCUGCUGUAGAGUUUAUCGAUGCCGUUGAAGAAGGAACUUAUCUCGUCUGCAAGCUAUUGCUUUCCAGAAACAGGAAUGAAGCCAUCGACUCUAUGGAUUACCUUGUCUUGGCCGACGCGUAUGAAAUUGAAAACGCGAGUGAUGGGAUCAAGAAAAUGUUGCAUUUGAUAUGGACGAAAGGAACUUCCGAAGAAGGGAAAUCUGUCUCUGCUCACUUGAUUGACUGCUACAAAAAUCUAUUUUUGUUGACUCCCGAGGGGUCUCGAGCCGAGAAGUCGGCGCACAUUGCCAAGAACCUCAUGAAUUUGACUGUGCAGGCAUCGCUCUCGGACUUGGUUUCGUUGGAGAAGCUACUUUGCACGAUGUACUCCAUGCACAUGAUCAACGCGGAUGUGGUCACCGUGCUAUGGCAAAUUUACAAGAUCGAUGCAGGAGAUACCGAGGAAGUGAUUGGAAAGCGUCGCGCAGCUAUCAUCAUUCUCGGGAUGCUAGGUAACGAAGACCCUCGAGUGGUGACACAGGGAAUUGAGCUGAUUUUGAAUAUUGGAUUGGGUGACAGUGGUGAGCGAGAUUGCAUAUUGUGUCGAUACUCGUGCAUUGCCUUGCAAAAGACGAGCGGCAAGUGGACGAACAACCCGGUAUCCUCUAGCGACAAGGAAGAAGCUGUACGGAAAUUGCAACACGUGCUUACAAAGUACAGCGACGAUGCCGAAUGGUUUGCGGCAGCUGAGCAAGCGAUUCACGCCUUGUUUUGCAUUUCUCCAAACCCGGUUGACGCAUGUACAAAGGUUUUAAAAAUUAAAACAAACAGUGUUUUCAAAUCCCCAGAUGCGAACGAGAAGCGAUCAAGUGGGCUUUCGCAAUUGCUUUUCUUGGUGGGCCACAUUGCCAUCAAAACCAUUGUUUUCCUCGAAACUCUUGAAGCUCAAUUUAAGAAGAAAAAGCAGGCAGCAGAGGCAAGCGGCAAGGCUAACGCUAGGGCCGAAGAGGACGAUGCAGCACAGGGAAAUGAACUAGAAAUGAUUGGCGGAACAUCGGAGGAUGACUUUGCCGAUGCUGUCUCGCACGUUAGAGAGAAAGAGCUACUAUAUGGCGAAAAGGCCUUGCUAGCUGGGUUUGGAGCUAUGGUGCGACAGAUUUGCUCGUCUCCUAAAAAAUACCGCAAUGCCACUCUCCAAAGACACGCUUGCUUGUGCUUGGUGAAGUUGAUGUGUGUAUCCUCGAUUUAUUGUGAGGAGAAUCUCCCUUUGCUUUUAAGCAUCAUGGAGAGCUCCGCCGAUCCUGUCAUAAGAUGCAACUGCGUCUUGGGACUCGGAGAUCUUGCCAUUAGCUUCAACAGGUUGAUUGACGAAAACACAGACUACAUCUAUCGCCGGCUCACGGAUGAGAACAUCAUGGUUCAAAGGACUUGUUUGAUGACGGUGACAUUUUUGAUUCUUGCUGGCCAAGUCAAGGUCAAGGGCCAAUUGUCGUCGAUGGCAAAGUGUUUGGAACAUCCAGACCAAAAUAUCAGCGAUAUGUGCCGUUUAUUCUUCACUGAGUUGGCAGCCAAGGAUAAUGCAAUCUACAAUGGCUUUAUUGACAUUUUCAGUGGGCUUUCAUUCGAUGAAUCCUUGGGACACGAUGCGUUCAAGAGAAUUUUGAAAUUUUUGAUUGGCUUUGUUGAUAAAGAGCGUCACCAGAAACAAUUGUGCGAGAAGUUGAUGGUGAGAUUGCUGAAAGCUAGAGAUGAGAAGGAGUGGAAAGACGUGGCGUUUGCAUUGGAAACUUUUCCCUUUACCAACGACGAUAUCACCGAGGCUAUAAAGCAAGGCUAUCGGAUGGUGCUGUCGAAAGAAUAA